CUUGAACUUCCAGACAGUCAUGACAUCCUCAUAUCCCUACACACCCACAACGCUUCGGACGACCGUGAAACCCCGUCCAUGGGUGCCAUUUAAGCCUCAUGAGGGGCACGUCGAAGUCCCGCCCCUGCCCUUCAAACCCAGGUCCGAUGACUUGCUCGGUACAUACAACAUCAGCACGCAUAUCAUACUUGCAGCCAAUCCCAGAGUCACCCCAAACAUUCCAGUUCCCGAGCCACCUCCUCGCUCUUCGAAAAGAACCGAGAGCGAUAUCAAGAAUUUAGGACUUGAACUCAUGGAACAACAGGCCCGGCUAGGUGAGGAGGGCUACUCCGGAGUCACAGACGAAAGGUUACUGUGGAAUUGUGUCAACCGAUAUGUGAAAAAGACAAGGAGGCCAAAGUCGGAACGAAGGGGAUCACCUUGUUCCUUGUGCACGCAACGGAUAUGGGAGACUCAUUUAUGCUAUCUACUAGCUGCCUGUGGUGCCAUAGAUGAGAUCUGGUCAUGGGAAUCCGUGCAACAUGGAGACUCUGCUCUGCUAAACCGACAUAAUCUCAGUGGUAGCUCUGAUUGGACUGACAAUGCGAGAGACAUUACAAACUUUCUCAUCAACUAUAUGCCAGAAGAGGUAGAAACAUCUUCUCUGCCUAUCCAACUUAAUCGAGUUCCUGUAUCCAUUGGUGAAUCACGCGAAAAGAGUGGUUUCUCCUCCCGGACCUUGGUCGUAGCAGGACACUCGUUUGGAGGUUGCUCGGUGACGUUAGCCGCGUUGCAUUUCCCUGCCUUGUUCUCCUCGAUUAUCCUCGUCGAUGCGGUAAUCGAUACUUACCAAGGACCUAUGUGGGAGCUCAUGCAGGCUUUUGUUGGGGCUACUUUGAUAAGGCGUGAUCAAUGGCCAUCACGGGAGGACGCCCUGCGUUCCUUUAAAUCAUCACCCUUGUUCUCCGCUUGGCAUCCUGACGUCCUUCGGCUCUAUGUUGAUUUCGGACUGUACGAGGAUGAAAGCGGAUGCGUCAGAUUGAAAAUGCCUCCCGUUCACGAGGCUCUUGUGCUUGCGAACCCACGAGCUAGGCGUGAAGCCUGGGAAUUAAUGGAAAAGCUUGACGAAAAGAUUGAACUACUUUGGAUUCUUCCCGGAAAAGACAUUCUGGAUAUGUCGAUAUCGGAGGUGAUUAAGCAGCGUCCUUGGCGCAGACCUGCAAAUUCAUCCAACAUCAUCUUCAAGUCAACUGGUCAUCUUAUUCCUCAGGAGUCUCCGGAAGAGCUUGCGCGAGUUAUGGCCGAUUUUCUGCACAGGAAAUACGAUAUUUGCUCAGGGAAAUCAAAGCUCUAGAAUUAUGUACAUGGACGGGUGCUAUGCGACACUACCUGUAAACUUUAGCAACCACUUCGACGAACGUGUUAAUGGGAUGAGUUUCUAUUUGUUUAGGCUCUGGAUAACUUACUUGCGUACAUGUAGGUGGCA